UCGUAACGUCACUGAAACAAGAUAGCUGCUAUGGCCGGUAAGGGUUGGAACUAUGUUGCAGGGGUUCCAGAGACCGAGGAUCAGCAAAAGCUGCGCUUCCAGAUAGAACUGGAAUUCGUGCAGUGCCUCGGCAACCCCAAUUAUUUAAAUUUCUUGGCCCAGAGGGGAUACUUCAAAGACAGCACCUUUAUCAACUACUUGAAGUAUUUGUUGUAUUGGAAGGAACCCGACUAUGCGAAAUACCUCAAGUAUCCGAUGUGUCUGUACUUUUUGGACCUUCUUCAGUACGAACACUUCAGACGCGAACUGGUGAACGCACAAUGUUCCAAGUUCAUAGACGAUCAGCAGAUCUUGUUGUGGCAACAUUAUACCAGACGUAGAAGCAGACUUUUAAUGACACCGACCGUUAAUGGUAACAUGGAUUCCAGUGUAAACAACCAGGCCGGGAGCCACCAAGCGAAUGGCCACUUGAACGCAAAGAUCUCGUAGUUAUAAGACGUGACAAGUUGUUAGUGUUAGAUUGUCGUUUUGUAAUAAACUUCGUUGUAUUUAGUGAA